AUGGAAUCUGAAUCUGAAUCACCAGUUAUGAAGAAAUACCCAAUUGAAAAUAUUAUAAAUGAUGCUUCUGGUUUAUUAAAAAAGGUAUUAUAAUUAUAUAUACAAGAAUGGGAAUCGAAAGGUAAUCUUGUUACUUGACAAACAUUUUAUGAGUUACUCUCAUAAUCAAAUGGGCACACUCAAUAUAUAAAUAAGCAGAAGACUGAUUAGAGCAGCAUAAAAUUUGUUGAAUGAAAAUAUAUAAGGAGAGAAUAUAUAGAAAGUAGAUUUAUUACUUGAUAGAUGUAAUUUAUAUACAGCUGUCAUUUAUAUUAAUAUUCAAAGAAUGCUAAAAAAUGAGAGAGGAACUGAACAUUUUGAAGAAUUAAAUUCUGCUUAGAUUGAAUAAAAGAUAGGUUUGAAUAGAUUAAGACAAAGAAUUCAAUAAACAAUUUGUAUACCUGGUAGUUUAAUAAAAGUAACCCAUCUAAAUAGAUUGAAAGAGAAAAAUAAAAGUAUAAAUUAUAUUUAUAAAUAGUUAAGUUUUAUUUGAAUGAAUGUUUUACAUUGUUAAUGAAAUAAUUAAUUAUAUAUGCAAGAUUAUUUAAAAUUACUAAUGAAGUGUAGAAUAGUUUGAAAAUAAUGCAUAAAAUAGAAAAAAUUAUAUAAAUUAAAGAAAUGAAAUAUACAAAAAAUGUUGAAUUAAUCAAGAUAUUCGUUGAUCAUUACUAAAAUUUUGGAUAAUUAUAUUUUUAAUUGUGCGAGUUUAAAAAAUCAUUAAAAUAAUACUAAAUAGCUUAUUCUUAUUUGUAAUAAUUAAUUUUCUUAAUCUUAAAAAAAAGAAAUACUCCAAAUGUUAUAGAUGAUUCAGAUCUAAAACCUGUUGCAUAAUACAUUAUGAAAAUAGUAAUGAUUUUAUAUCUUUAAUCAUUGUGUUAUGAAUAUCUCUCUGAAUAUUCAAAAAUGAAGGAAUGUAUACAUUUAGCUUAAUGGUUUUGUACUGAAAUAUUGAGAUUAGAAGAUGAACAUCAAUUAAGAAUUUUAAUCUUUAGUAGAGCUUAAGAUAUAUAAAAAUAUAUUGAUAAUAUCUUGGCUGAAUGUGAAAUUAGACACAUGAUAUUUACAUUUUUAUCAGAUGAUACUAAUCCUGAAAUGAAAGUAAUUUAAUAAUAAGUUAAAGAUGAUUAUUAAAAAAUACUAAAUGAAAAAUUCUAUCUCAAAUUUAAAAUGGAACAACUUAAUAAAUAAUAGUAUUUUAAAUUAAAUCCUGUUCCUAUUAAACCUCCUUCUCCUUAUUUAUUAUAUAAUGUACCAAAAGGUAGUAAAACAGAAAGGGAACUUACACAAUAAUAGAUUUCAAAAAAUUAUUAAUCGUUCACUACUCAAGAUGGUUAUGAUUAACAUAAAUUAAUAACUUCUGAAAGUGAAUCAAAAUUGAUUAAAUAAAACUCUAUAUCAUCAUUUUCAAGAAGAACAAGACCAACAGAUUUUACAUAAUAUUGUAAAACUGAAUAAUCUGAUUACCCUAAAUUAGAUUCAGAAUUAGCAGGUGUUAUAGUAAAUCAAUUGAAAAAAGAAUAAGCAUUCUAUUCACUUGUUGAUAUUUAAAGAACUUGUAAGGAUGAACUUAAUGAAAAUCAAAGAUAACAAUAAGAUUGUGAAUUAGGUAAAGCUAUAUUGUUGUUUAAAAGACAAUUUAGUAAAAAUGCUAUAGCUGAACCUAAAGAAACUGAUUCUUUAAAAUAGUUGAAUAAUGAAAUUAAGACAGAAUUUUAAUUAAUUUCAGGGUACUUGGAAGCUUAAGAAAGAUUAAAGAAGAAAAGAUAAUAAUAGUAAUUAUUUGAGUAAUCACUCAAACCUAAAUCUACAAUUAAAUCUCCAUUUAGAAAGAUGCUUAUCAAACAUAGUAAUACUUUAGGUUUAAAAAAAACAAAAAAGAAAUUAUAAAAUUUAGAAUAGGAAUCAGCUUUAAUGAAAUUAUAUUAAAAAAUAUCUGGUUAAAAAGAAGAACAAAAACAAUAAUAAAUUAAUGAAGAAUAAAUUAUUCGAUAAAUGAUUCAAACUAAUUUAAAUGUAUAUUAUUUACAUAUUUUAAAAAGGCUAUAAAAGUGAUUAUGGAUGAUAAUUAAAAAGAAUAGGAAACCGCUUAAAAAUAAUUAAAAUCAAGAAGACAUAUCUCUGAAUAAUUACCAUCUAAAACUGAAAAAUCUCCUAAAAAUUGUUAAUUUAGGGAAACCUUUAAAGGUUUAGCUGGUUCAACUCAAUAUUUAAGUACUAAAGGCUAAGCUACUAAAAGUGUCGUUUCUUUGGUAGAAUUAGCAAAUAUCAAAAGAAAGAUGAAUCAUCUAGAGUCUAAAAAGGUUGUUAGAUACUCAGAAUUAUUUCGGAGUUAAUUGUGA